CCGAGACGCAAGCUAUUUGUAUGCCAUGUUGCAUCAGAUUCGGAGUAAUUGAUCCAAAGAAAGAUACAAGAUGAUUUAAAUAUAUAUACUAACGAAGAUCGCGAAGCAUUUGAAAAGCCAAUGUUUUGAUAUAACUUUAAUUAAACAAUGUAUAAAAUACUAUCACUAAGUAUCUGUAUCGUCAUAAAUGUGAAAUACAUUAAUGCCACACGUAAUGCAAGAACUAAUAGUGUUAUUGAUAAUGUAAAUAAUGAAUUAAUCAUAAGACCUACGAGAAGUCUUAAACAAGAUGAACUGCAAAUAAAAACUAUGGCUGAAAUACGUAACUAUAGCGAAGAAGUAGAAAAAACUAUAAAACAUAAUGUUACAGAAGAUUGUGUAGGAGAUAAACAAUUCUGCAAUUUGACAAAAGAAGAAUAUGUAGCAAUGCUGAAUGAUUACAUCUAUCCUCAAACUUAUGAAUGGGUUCUCAUAGGCACUCAUACAGCAGUAUUCAUUGUAGGAUUGGUUGGAAACACUUUAGUAUGUGUAGCUGUAUAUAAGAAUCAUACCAUGAGAACGGUAACGAACUACUUUUUAGUGAAUUUAGCAAUGGCGGAUUUCAUGGUGUUGCUGUUUUGUCUACCUGCUACAGUUGUAUGGGAUGUGACCGAAACGUGGUUUUUAGGAGAUGUUCUGUGCAAAAUACUUCUCUACUUCCAGUCAGUAUCAGUAACGGUGUCUGUGUUGACGCUGACCUUUAUCUCCGUGGACCGUUGGUACGCUAUCUGUUUCCCGCUCAAGUUUAAAUCCACUAUCAACAGGGCCAAGACCGCCAUUUUCGUGAUAUGGACUGUUUCACUCCUGUUCAAUACUCCAGAGUUAGUGGUAUUGACCACAGUGAAAAUGGUACCUCUACGGUUCAAUUUAGAAUACCUGGUGCAAUGCACAGCAAUAUGGUCAUCAACCGAUGAUCUCGUAUGGCAUAUUAUCAAAGUUGUGUUCAUUUACACGAUACCGCUCCUUCUUAUGACUGUGGCAUACCAUCAGAUUGUGAGGGUAUUGUGGAGCUCUCAGAAGAUACCGGGACAAGCGGAAACGGUUAAGUUGGCACCUGCAGAACAAACUCAGCUGCGGUCUCGUCGAAAGGCUGCCAAGAUGCUUGUAGCGGUGGUGAUCAUGUUCGCAGUUUGCUAUUUUCCCGUUCACCUUUUAUCAGUGCUCAGAUACGUACUUGAUAUGGAACAGAACGACGUCAUAACCUGCCUAGCUCUGUUAUCUCACGUACUUUGCUACGCCAACUCAGCGAUCAAUCCGCUAAUUUACAACUUCAUGAAUAGUAAAUAUCGACGAGAAUUCCGAAGGGCCUUCUGCUGUUCAACGGGCCUGAGACACGAGACUUCAACAACAUUGACCCGUCUUACGACGUCUAAGAGAAAGUUCGAUCAAUCUUUCGAAAAAGGCCAAACUUGUGCUCACAAUGUGUCAUUCAAAUCCCAUAACUGCAAUCAUAUGCUGCAGUCAAGAGGCCAAAAUUGCAACAGGAUGUCUUUUACUGACCGCAGAUGCGAACGGAUGGCGUGCAACGGCCAACGAUGUGGUAACACUUCGUUUAACGGCCAAAACAGCCUUAAUAUGUCUUAUAAAGGUCAAAAUUGCGGCCGCGAUGGAUCACACAAUUGUAAAUGUGAUGUAAAUUUUAAUAACGGGCCUAGGCAAUAUGAAAGGUUUUCUCCGUACAAUCAAAAUGAUUACAGAAAAAAUUUUCUGUCGUAAUUUUCAUGUGGAAAUCUUUUUGAAAAACUAAAACAUCGGCUAUGUGCGAGUUGGCCUUGCAUACGAAGGGUUCCGUUACUAAGUGCAACAUAAACCACUAGGCUUAUAGUAUUAACGCUAUUAAAAUCAAGCAAAAAACACCUAAAUAAUUGGGAUAGACGGGCAGCGGAAUUAGGUCUCAGUAAUAGGGCUCAUUAAUAUACUGUUACCCGAUGCGAUGUUUGAUAGAUGUUUUAUCCGAUGCGCGUCCACAAUUGGACAGAGGAACCUUGUAGGGACUCCCACACUCCACAGCUAGAUCGUAUACGUUUUGCUACCUACAGAUACAUUUUAUAUCAUGAUUAAGUUCUUUGAUCUCUGUAUUGUUUUUAUAAGAAGUUGUUAGACAUUGCAUACCUACUUUAAAACAUUAUUUCAUAGUCGGGUUCUAAGUAACUAAGUUCUAGUCAUCUUUCGUCUUAUUCUAUAAGUACCUGUUUAUUGUAAGUCAAUCAUCUCUCACGAGACACUUUGAAAUUAAGCGAAUAAAGUGUGUUCUUUUUUGUA